UACGUAAACAUUGUUAGCGUCGUCGCCCCGGAAACAAAUGUUAUUAAAUCGAUAUUUUUACUAACAUUUGAAAUUCCUUAACGUAAGCUACACAAAAAUUUCUGAACAUCCAAGUUGUUCGACAGCAAAAGGCCAUCAUCAGCAAGUAAAUAUUUAUUGAAAGCAUCGAGUUACACAAUGAUUGCCCCUGCUGCGCCUCGAAAAUCGCGUAAGAUUCGAGAACAAUGCGGUUCCUGUCCAGAUCGCUUCUCUAGGGACAAACGUCCCGUGGUUCUCGAUGAUUCCGAUACCACUGAAGAGGAGUCCUCGACGGAUGAGGAGGAACGCUGGAAAGAUGUGGCACGUGCUGCCGAAAUCCCCGCCGAAUACUACAACAUUCAAAAGCUGGUCAAAUACAUCAAGGCGGGCAAUCAGACAGCCACAAUAGUGUCCCUGUGCUGUCUGCAGGACUACGAUCUGCGCACGCAAAUCAAUCAGUUUGCCAUCCAAGACAUUGGUGGCCUCGAUGUCCUGGUCAACAUACUCGAGUGCAGCGACACCAAGUGCUGCCUGGGCGCCCUCACCGUCCUCUCCGAUAUCACACUCAACAUUGACAUACGCAAGACGAUUGUGGAUCUGGAUGGCAUACCGCUGAUUGUUGACAUACUCAGCUCGUCCAUGAGGGAUCUGAAGACGAUGGCAGCCGAAACGCUCUCCAACGUGAGCAAAGUGCGUCUGGCCCGCAAAUAUGUUCGACAGUGUGGAGGCAUUUCCAAGCUGGUCGAUUUGCUGGAUAUCAAGAUGAGCAUAUUGCUAACGCCACGCGAUCAACUUUCCGUUGAGGAAAUCGAAUGCUUGGACAUGGCACGAGCCGGGUCACGUGCUCUUUGGACACUGGCUGACUCCAAGCACAAUAUGGAACAGAUGCGAAAGAGCGGCAUUGUUCCUCUGAUGGCCAACCUGCUGAAGUCCAUUCACAUCGAUGUGGUCAUACCCAUAAUGGGCACUGUGCAGAAAUGCUCAUCGCAGCCAAAGUUCCAACUGGCGAUUACCACAGAGGGCAUGAUAGCAGACAUUGUGCUACACUUGAGCUCGGAGAGCGUUGAUCUCAAGGUUGAGGGCAGCACGGCGCUGUACAAGUGCGCCUUCGAUUUGACCACCAGGGAAUUGGUGCGAGAAGCGGGUGGAUUGGAGCCACUGGUCCUCAUUAUCAAGGAUAAGACGAUACGGGAUAAUAAACCAUUGCUUAAGGGUGCAACGGGUGCCAUCUGGAUGUGUGCCAUGUCGGAUGAGAAUGUUAAGCAAUUGAAUGAUAUGAAUGUGGUGCAUCAUCUCGUUGCCCUGCUCGGCGAUGAAAGUGAUGACGUUCUGACCAAUGUGACCGGCGCCUUAUCCGAGUGUGUGCGCUUCCAGAAUAAUCGAGUCGCCGUCCGCAAUUCUGGUGGUUUGCCUGCGAUGGUGGCGCUGCUCAACUCAUCGCAUUCACCGCUGCUCGAGAACUUGGCCAAGACGAUUAAGGAGUGCGCUGAGGAUGCAGAUAGUAUGCGCAUUCUGGAGCAACUGGAUGCGGUGCGUCUGGUCUGGUCACUACUCAAGAACACCAGUCCUCAAGUCCAAGCACAUGCUGCAUAUGCGAUUUGUCCAUGCGUCAGGAAUGCCACCGACUCGGCGGAGCUGGUGCGCAGCCUGGUCGGUGCCAUGGAGCUGGUGGUGGGUCUGCUCAAGUCUAAGGAAAUCAUGGUGUUGUCGGCAGUCUGCGCAGCGAUCGCUACCAUCGCAUUGGAUCAGACCAAUCUGGCCAUUCUGACGGAUCUUCGUGUCAUUUAUAAGUUGGCCGAUCUGGUGAACACCACGGAUGAUAUGCUGCGCAUGAACCUGGCAGCGGCCGUCGCAGCCUGCGCCUGUUUUGGCAACAACACCGAGGAGCUGGGACGACUGCGCACCGUGACGCCCAUUGUCACGUACAUGACCAGCGAGAAUCCGAUGGUGCAUCGCACCACGGCCAUGGCACUGGAGAAACUAUCAAUGGAUCCACAGAACUGCAUCACUAUGCACCAGAGCGGUGUGGUGCCCUUCCUGCUAGAGUGCAUUGGCUCCACCAACAAGGAGCUGCAACUUGCUGCCGCUGGCUGCCUGCGCAACAUACGCGAACUUGCCCUUCGUGCCGAGGAGUAUAUGCUCAAGAUUGACGACGACUAAUCCACGGACCGGGGUCAUUCAUACUCUUCAUAUUUAUUAUCUGGUUAUUGUUUAAAUUGUUUCGAGUGAAAAUAAAUGUAACCCCAAAUAGA